AUGCCCUUCUAUACCGUGGGAGGUUUGCAGAAUGAGAAAAACCAUGUUCUUAAACCAACUACAAGACAAAACGUCUAUACCCCUUCAAAAUUAAAGCAAGCAAAAAGUUCUGCAGACGAAUCCGACCAGGAUCUUGACCUACUAGCGCAACAACUAAAUGUAUCACCAACAAAAAGACCAAUCAAUUCAGUCUCUUCCCUAAAGACAAAGUUUGGAUCUCCAUCGGCAACAGUAUCCUCGUUUAAGUUGACCCCCAAAUCCUCCACUAGCAGCAACAGAUCCAGCAAAGAGAAUGCAAUUGACUCCGACGAUGAAACACCAAGUUGGGCAAGGAAAAACUAUAAGGAUAUUUUGAACAAAUCCCCAGUUCGUUCCCAUCCAAGAUUACAAAAGCAAUCCGCAGGUGUCGAAACUGGACCCAAAAAAUUAGCAUUUGCUUCUCCUAGUCAUAAUUCAUCUACUAGCUCCCCAGGAUAUGAGUACCUUUGUCGUAUUGAAGCUAUCAGACAAUGGUUGGAAGAGGUUUUACAGGAAGCGAUUCCACAAUCGCCUGUUGAACUAAUCUCAUACAUUCGAAAUGGUAUCUACCUCGCCAAACUAGCAAAUGUCGUAUUACCUACACAAAGAAACGUUUUCGUGGACGGUACUCGACUUCAAUUCAGACACACGGAAAAUAUAAAUCGAUUCUUUCAUUUAUUAGACUUUCUAAAUGUUCCAGAUUUGUUUAGAUUUGAACUUACCGACUUGUACGAUGCAAAAAACGUUCCAAAGGUGUGGUUUUGCUUGCAUGCUUUGAGCUACAUAUUGAAUAAAAGUGACGCGAGCUACGCCAAAAUGAAUGAUUUGAUGAAUAAAAUACUGUUCGAUGGUGAAGACAUAAUUGCAGCCAAUAGGGCCUUGGUAAGUGCUCCUUUACCCAACUUUACAAGUGCAGACACAGGAAACGCAAAAGAAGAUUCAAGGUUCAUGAAUAAUGUUAUGUCGCCUGUCAAGGCAAAGGUAGAGAAGCUCGGUCCUAACCCGUUCGUAGAGGAAAAAGACCCCAACAAGACACACCCUGAUAAGUUUGAAAUCAAAUUGCGGGCAUCUACGGUUGAGAGUAAGCAAGCAAGAGUGAGCCGGGACUUUUGCUUGAACUCAACUCCUGACAGUUUCAGUAAUAAUGAGUUGGAAGAUAACAAUCGGCACAUUGUCAAAUUGCAAUCUUUAGCCAGGGGGGCCAAUUUCAGAUACACAAUGUUUGUUGACAAAAUUAGGCUUAAAUCAUAUGAAGAGGAUUUGGUUCGUCUUUUCUCCAUCAUUCGAGGAAACCUCUCGAGAUUAAAAACUAUUCAUAAGCAUAGAAAUGAACUCCGGGCAUUCAGUUACGAGAUUGUGGAGCUUCAGUCUUUGAUAAGAAGAAAGAACGUGACUGUUAAGAAACCACAAAUACAAGAUGAUGAAAUGGUACAUUUUCAAUGCAUACUCAGAGGCAAGUUUGUUCGAGACAGAGUGAAUGACCAGAGAAUUGCCUUACAAACAUUGAAGCCAUCUAUUACACAGUUACAAUCCAUCGUGAAGAUGAAGUUUGUGUAUAGCAGAGUGAAAGUGCUUGUCCUGCACAAAGAUGAAAUCUUGCCACCUAUUACAGAAUUGCAAGCUCAUUGCCGAAGCAAACUUUACAAGAAAUUUUCUAGGUCACGUCAUGUUGACGUUUCAGAAGUUAUCGAGUUGCAGUCUUUGAUCAGAAGAGAUGCCGUUAUUGAAGAAAUUAAUCGAAAGCACAUGGUUGUCAGAUCCACAAAGAAAAAGAUGAUUGAAUUGCAAAGCAUUGCUCGAGCAGGAAUUGCAAGGUCCAGUUUGUGCAACAAUGUGUUAAUUGCAUUGAUAAGUGAGGACGACGUUUUGAGUAGCCUUUCCGCAUUUCACCGUGGAGAGAAAUUAAGAAGGUCUAUUCAGAAUACGAAAAUGGAGUUGAAACUGUUGGAGCAUUUGUCGGUUGUUCCCGUUCAAACUUUGUUUAGGGGUGUUCUUGGAAGGUUCAAAUAUGAAAUUGUUUUGGAUGACCUUUACGAACAUGUUAACUCAGUUAUCAAGCUUCAAGCUAAAAUUCGAGCAAACGCUGUUAAAACCACUUUUGGUCAAAUUAUGCCAUACUAUGAACUUCACACUGACAAGGUGAUCAAAGCACAGGCGAUAUGCCGAAGUGUAUUGGCCCAAAGCUCUUACAAAUCGCUUCUAACCAGCACACGUCCGACAUUAGUGGUGUUGAGACAAUUUGCACAUCUUUUAUCUAAUAGUGAUGGAGACUUUGAGCAAGAGCUCCAAUUGUCGAAAAUAAAAGACUUGAUCAUCGAAAAGUCCAAAGGUAACGAAGCUUUGGAGGGAAAAAUCGAACAUAUUGACUUAAAAUUGAGUCUCCUACACAAGAACAAGAUAACUGUUGAAGAGUUUACCAAAUUUAAAGGUCCCAAUGAAAAGCGAGUUCAUGCCAACGAAAAGCCAACAAAUUUGAGCAUCUUGAGCAAAUCCGCAAAAGCCAAGGUUGAGCUCUAUCUGAGUUUAUUUUAUUUGCUCCAAACAAAAAGUGAGUACUUGGCUAAUCUUUACAAAUCAAAUGACUACAUUCUGAAGAACACGGCAGAUUAUCAGACUUUGUUAGCCAACACGAUUCAGUUAUUCCCAAUUGUCGAGCCAUCAAUUAGUCGCCGCUCUAGGGAAGAGUACUACUAUAUGAAAUUACUGCUUAUGAUUAUGCGAGAUGACAUGUCGAGAUCGCAAACGGUUACUGAUAUCUCCAAGUCUCAAUUUACUCACUGGACCGAAUUUGUGACACAUUUCAACAAUCACACAUAUCAAAGACAACACUUGAAGUUAUUGGCUGGCAAGUUUGUACAUAAGAUCCUCGAUGACGACGAGUUAGAUUUUGAAAGUGACCCUACAAUAAUUUAUGCCAGUAUUAUGUCGCAUGAUCAAGGAAACAAGUCCAAUGUUAGCCCACAGGAUGCAAUCAAAGUGCCUGAAGUAUCGUCUCAGUUUGUGCAUAACUUAAUGACGUUGCGUGAUUCUUGUUCAAAUUUAUUGAAACUUAUUGAAUCAAAUGUUUCACGUUUGCCCAUUCAAGUCAGAGUCAUUUGUCGCGAAGUAUAUAUGCUCGCUCGUGCAAACUUUCCCCAGUUACUGGAGCAGCAGCACUUGGCUGUUGCAGGUAUCUGUUUCUGGAAAUACUACUUCGGCUUGAUCAUCCUGUUUCCUGAAAAUUAUGGAAUCAAUUCGAAACCAUAUUUGAAAGGACAAGUCAACUUGCGUCACUUGCAUAGGCUGAUGCUCCAAUUGUUCAGCAUGAAACCUUUCACAAAUAACUUUUUGAAGCCACUCAACGAUUACCUUGUAUCGAGCGUGGAUUCCAUCCAAACUAUAGUACGUGAGAUUAUCAGCGUCAACAGCAUUGACAAAGAGUACAACUUCGAGGAGUUUGGUGACAUGGUGGCUGAAGCGCCUAAGUUAACCAUGAAGACUAACUCAAUGAUUUACCUCGAAAAGGUGGCUUUGUCCAAUGUUAGCACCAUGGCAGAGUCUGCGGAUGAUCCAUUGCUCAAUGUGACUCAGAAAUUGGAAAACUUGUGUACUUCGCCUUCUGAUUUGAUUGCCUUGACUGAUUUGUCUACCAUCACCAUUGUAUUAGAUCGAAACAUGCAGGAAGAAUCACUUUCUGAUUCGAAAACAAAGGUGUUAUUUGCACAAGCCAAACGCAGCUUGUUGUAUAUAAUGCGGGUGCAAGAAGGUGAUGAUUUGUUAGAAUUAUUGAUUUCAGGAAUAAAGCCUGUACACGAGCACAAAUUCAGAGAAAUUAUCGAUUCGGAGAGACAAGAUUCAAUGUCGAGCACAAAGAUGUAUUACAAAACAUCGCUCGGCGACUUGAACAAGACGACCUACCAUGAAUUGAAAAGAAUGUGUUUAGAAUCAUUGUUGAAACUUGAGGCUAUGGGAGAAGUUACCAGGAAAAAUUCGUUCCAGGGAUUAUUGAACCAAAUCGCAGCCGAUAUCAAAGGCAAGACCACUCAACGAAAAGUUAGAAGUCAACAGCUUGAAGCUUUGGACCAAACUUUUACAAAGUUGUCCGACAAAGAGAGAUUUUUACGUCAACAAUUGAAUGAAUACAACCGUCACGUGGAUAGCGUUCUUGCUGAUUCGCAGUUGAAGCCAAAGGAUAAAAAGAUUUUCAGCAUCAUACCUGUUUUCAGCAAGCAGUACUUCUACAAUCGUGAGUUACGCAAAAGGAAUAGAUUGCCGGAAUUUGGAUCUUAUAAAUUAUCAGUUAAGAAACUUAGAGAUCAAAAAAUUUUAUUACAUGUAUCUCCCAGUUUGUUGGAGAGUUCCAAAAUCGAAAUCACUUUCAGCUGUCACCAAGUAGGGAGGUUCACGGUUGAGGCGUCAAAGAAUUUGGUUGUUAUGGCAGGAGCUAGUAGUGUGGUUACAUUGGACGAUUUGUUGACGUUCCAAUACGAACAGAAACGGACAUUCACCUUGUUUAAUGGGGACGCUACUUUUGAUGCAAGCAAUUUCAUUGCGUUUAUUUUCAAAAGGUUCUACGAUGUUAGGGGAGAGUAA